AUGGCAGGCUCAUCCCGCAACGCGUCACCCACGAAGCGGCUCAUGACAGAGCUCCAAACAUAUCAAUCAGACCCAAACUAUGCACUUCUCGAGCUCGGUCCUACCGAUGAUGAUAUAAUGCACUGGAGAGCGGUCAUGAAAGGUGUAGUCGGGACGGCGUACGAAGGCGGACGAUGGCUCCUCGACAUUCGCAUCCCUUCGCAAUACCCACUUAGCCCACCCACUAUCCGCUUCGUCACGCCGAUAUGCCACCCAAAUGUAGACUUCAAGACGGGCGAGAUUUGCCUGGACUUGCUAAAAUCGUCAUGGACGCCUGCGUAUACGAUCAACACCACGAUGACAUCGAUACAUCAGCUCCUCACGAGUGCGGAACCUGACUCUCCGCUGAAUGUUGAUAUUGCGCAGCUAUUCAGAAUUGGAGAUGAAAUUGGCGCGCAAAGCCUGAUCCGGUUUUAUACAGAGACAGAACGA